UCACGCUAAAAAGUAGCCUGGAACAUCCCAUAAUAGGAAUCCAGCAAGACGUUAGAUAGGUAUGGUAUAUCUACCUCCUCCGUAGCCUCACGAUUCUCCAGCCGAUCCGCUAUCACCCAUGCCUUCACAUCGCCGUCCGCGGCCAAAGAUUUCUCUCUGGGCACGUUUUCGGACAUGGCUUCGCUACUGGGAGUCCUCGCUCCGACUACGCAGUAGUCUGCUCCGGCUCAGAGAACACAAGCAUCCCUUCCUUGCGCUGCUGCUCAUGUUUAUCCCAUAUCGAUCUUGGUUCUUCGAAAUCCCAGGCCCAUUUUCUCUCCGUGCACUCAUUGAGGACCAGAAGAAUGGGACAGGGAUAAUUCGAUCCCAAUUUGGUGACAUACAUAAUCUCCGGGGUAUUCCCAUCUGGCGCAUGCGCGACACGCCACUGCGGUCUCUCUACCGGCUCUACGAGCUUCACCUCGCUGAUCGAUACGAUCUAAUGGGGUACGAAAUGGAAUAUUUCUUUGCUCGUCCUGAUUGGAAGCUGCAAGAUAUCCCAGACCUGAGAGAUUCCGAUCCGCUUCGUUAUGCUGUUAUCGCCUGUAUUGUCGAGGAAUUACACGAGGCGAUCAAUUGGAGGCUCAGUCUGGGCCUGCGAAGAAAUGGUGAACAUGUUUAUCGUGAUCAGAACGAUGACCCAUUGCCACCAUUUCUUCCUGAGGACUUGCCUGGUUGGACCAAGAAUGUAGCACCGAUUGACAAGGAGCUAUUGAGGCAGUCUGUACCACCAGAUAAGCUUGAUACGGAUGGAAACCUCGUGCUUGAGGCGGGGGGUCAGAGUCCGAUUUUUGCACAGCGUAACAUUAUCACGAACACGGGCUGGCUCUAUACUAUCUAGGAGCAAUCUAAUUAAACCCAUGCAAUGCCACCGGACUCCAUUUAACCUUUAACCCGCAAACCCCUGCCUAUCCGAAGAUAUCUUCAUUGUACAUACUUGUGGCGAUACUCACGCGCUACGCGUCG